AUGGUCAUUCUAGGCAAUCCUCCCCGUCACCCCCUCCAUCAGCAGGGACCUCCUCCUCCUCCUCCUCCAGACCAUUUUGAGACUGGUGGUGUGAGGAAACGCCAGAGAUUGUCACAUUUUGCCAGCGCCGACGAUGCAGCCCCGGCGCGGUUCGCUCCGUUCGCCGGCGGUAGCAUCGUCGACGCCACCACCGCAGGCAGACUGCCUCUGGGCGAGUCGUCGGGAAACACGCAGCCUCAAAACGCCCAGAGCUUUACGCAGAACCGAGAAGUCAUGUUUGGCAGGAUCAGCAGCAACAGCAGCCAAAACCCGCUUGCGCACUGCUCGACAACAUCGACAGCAGAUAACAGCACUGCCACAACCCCGACGCUCACACCGCUGCCGACACUGGAGAGCAGCCAUCAUCACCCCGCCGCCGCCGGUGCCAUCUGUGGACCCAGCAACCCUUCCGCGUGGACGCUUGACCUGGCAGAUGAGCAGACCAGGCGGACCAGCCUCGGUGCCAGGCGCGGCAACAGCCAGCACCUGCACCUCGACUUUGCCAAUGGCCAGCGUCGGAGCUUGUACGGCGCACCGGGCGGCGGACCGGGAGCACUGCCGCCUCGCAAGGGAACACCGACGGCCGGGGCACCAUCCGUCAGCUACAAUCCCCUAUACAACAAUGCCGCCUUUAGAGCUUACCGGGCCAAGCAGGCCGAGAAGGCUGCUGAUGGACGAGAGGAGCAGAAAUGGCCCGAGUGGCUGGAACAGGCAUUUUGCGACGCCCUUUUGACUAUACCGGCAAUGGGACGACACAAGUACCAGAUGAUGAAGCGCCCGGCUCCCAACGCGGAGGGAGGCGGCGGUAGCAACGGCAACAGCUGUAGCACGUCCAACAGCAACGACCAGGCCGGGCGCAACAUGCUCAUCAGCGAGUGGCUAUGGCUUGUGUACCUGGAGACGCUGCCCUCCAUCGCCGCGGAGUUGCCGGACAGGCAGUGGGAGAUGCAGGUGGUCAACAAGAAGACCGGUGAGAGCCAGACGAAACUGAUGAACCAUGCCAUGGUGCGUGACCGCAAGAUGGUGUCUAGCCAUAUCCAGGUGACGAAGAACUUCUUCAAGGAUAACCCCAUGCAACAUUUCGUUUUCGUCACAGAGGAGAAGCGAGCCAAUGGCCGCGAGGAGGACGAGGAGCGCGAGAGCUUCAAGGACAACACGGUGCUACGCGCACUAAGAGAAUCCCGCCUUCCUGACAAGAGGUACAAUUACCGGUACUGGUCGUAUCUUUUAGCUGCCGAUAAGCGCGUCCAGAUUCGGCCAAAGGAGUGUUGGAUCCUGGUGGCGGCAACAUCGGUCAACUUUGUCUCGACGACGUCCUCGGCCAGGAUUACCUCGUCGUCAUCCUCUGGUCACGGCGAAAGCCACUGCCAUAAUGCCACAGGCAAGACAUCACCUUCAUUCCAUGCCUAUCACGCCAAGACUGGCGAGAGGCUCGACGAGGAGCGGUUCCCGCACCUCGAGAAGAACCUAAAGCGCGAGGACUGGCCGCGCAGUGGAGCCAACAUCAAGGGAUGCAUGCUUCACGAGUACACACGGGCCAUGACCCAGGUGCCGUCGACUUCGAUCCGCAACCUCAGGAAGGACUGGGAGGAAGACUUCCCGGAGCUGCAUGAGCCGCUCUCCAUUGCCCUCGCAGACGGCGUGCAGGACAUCCUGCACUGCAAGCUGGCGCUCGACAUCUCGCAGGCCACGCAGUUCCCCGCCGGCGCAGAGCUCAACUCGUGCAUUGAGGUCUCGAUCGACCAGCCCGAGCUGGUCGGCCACGACUGGAAGGUCGUGACCCGCCUGUGCAGACCGCAGGAGCUGUGUCGCGACCGAGGGGCCGGUUCGGAUCCCUUCUUCUCCAUCGAGACCAAGCCCGUGGGCCACGAUGGCAAUUGCGACGGCGUCGGCCUUGCCGCGGGUGGCAACUGCAACUGCGUCGCUGCCCGUCACAAGAACGAGCUCAUGGUCCCUUACCCGGCCGCCGAGCUCGCCGUCAUGCUCAGCCGCCUGGCAACCUACGAUCCCCAUCCCUACGUCGGCUUCGAGCCCUCCCCUGAGGAGCUUGCCGCUGAAGCCGGCCGCAAGAAGCGUGGUCGUAAGUCAAACACGGGCACCGGGGAUGAUGAGGCUGACUGGAGCAUGAGCAUGAUGCUUAAUGAAACGAAGAGGGCCAAAGCCGUGCAUUCGCAAAAGAAGUUGCACAGCAUAACUCCCUCUCCCGCGCCCAGAAGACCGACGCCCUCCACUGCAGGCCCCCAGAAUGAAGAUGGCGGCGGUGCCUACUCAAAAGACGGAGCGGACGCCGCCGGCCAGGACGAGCCAGUGUCGCAGAUGAGCCUCAUCGGGCAGGUCGCCAUGAUGCAGGAGCUAUGGUCACAGGAGCCCGUGUCGGCGGCCACGACGCCCGGACAGCAGCGGCCCUGGACGCGGCGGUGCCUGCUGCUCUGGACCUUUGAGACGCUCUACUCGAUCGACGAGAAGCGCCUCGCCGCCGGCCACAAGUACCCGAUCAACCGCCAGGCGGCCGGCAGCAUGUCCUGGCGCUUCAUGUCGGCCAUUGACCCGUCGGACCCCAUCCACUUGCAGCAGUCGAUCAUCGGCGGCGACGAGGCCGCCGCCCAGAUCGCCGCCGUCGCGCAGAGCAUGUCGGCAAAUGCCGCCUACACCACGUCCGAGCCCGCCAUCCUCGGCUCGUCCCCGGCGCCUGGGGUCGCCGGCAUGAUCGUGCCGUCCUCUACCCCUUCCUCCGCAAGCAGGACCACCUCGAGACUCGGAGGCGGCCUCCACCGCGAUCAGAUCAUGUCGCCCUCGCCCAGCUUCCAGCAGCACAUCCACGCGUCCAUGGCGGAGAACUACGCAAGCACGUCCGCCUGGUCCGGCAGCGGCGCUGGCAUCCUCUCCAGCAACGGCCACGCCUACGCUGCAAACUACCACAGCCACGCUCCACCACCGACGCAGCCGACGGCAGCAAUGCACACACCGUCCUCGGUCACAUACGGCCAGCGCGGCGGCACGCCUUUGUUCCGCGGCCUGAUGGACGACUUCCGCCACGGCGGCAGCCCUGGCUCUGGGCUCGCAACUCCCCCACCCACGGCCGGGUUGGCUUCCAUGGUGUGUUCGUCGGCGGCACCGCUGUCUCAGCACAUGAGCAGCGGCAGCAUAGCCCCAAGCAUGAGCUUCAUGUCGACGGCCUCGACGGUCGACGGCUGCGCCGAGUCCGUCGUCGACCCGUUCCUGACAUCCGGCUCCUUUGGCAGCUACCAACACGAGGUCGUCGUCCCAGACGGCUGGGAGGUGGUCCAUGCAGGCCCCGACUACGGAUUACACGACCUGACUUCGGGCGGCUGGACCGUGACCCCGGGCGGCAACGUUGGCGGCGCCGGCUCCGCCGCGUCGAGCUUCAACGGCAAUCCGUGCUGGGCGUCUCAAAUACCCCACCACGGCAUGCCUGGGCAACAGCCGCAGCAGCAUCAUCAGCACUGGAACACCCCGGCCGCGUCGACGCCCGGCUCGACGGUCCUGGAACUGGGCUCCGGUGCCGCCGACUACAACCAAAACGACGGGUGCGUGUCUUCACAGCAGCAGAUUCAAUGGAGGCAGCAGCCCCAAGGAGUCGCCUCAUCCCAGCCGUCUCCCUGUCACUCGCCCUCGCCCCACGGCUCGCAGCACGCCACUAUUGGUUUCAGCCAGACCGGCGGCGACAUCAGUGGCGGUCUGGACGCCGGCUUGGCGCCCGGCCAGCAGCUGCAUCACGAGCAGCGGUUUCUCGUCGCCGGUACCGGCAGUCAGAUCUCGCGGAAGCGGGCGCUGGAAGACGAGAACCAAGAUGAUCAAGGCCGCUGCAGGGUCGGUGCCACCGUUAGCGACGCGUCAGUCUGCGGCAACAAUCAUGAGGAUGCCUGGGCUUUGAUUGAUGCUUGA